AUGGAAGCAACUGAUCGACAUUAUAUAGCCACGCUCGACGUUGGCACUACGACCAUUCGGUGCUUUAUAUACGCGGCAAGAACAAACGGAGAAACAGUCCCGGUCGGCACAGCCUAUGAUCACGUUAACUUGAUUUAUCCGGCUCCCGGAUGGGUUGAAAUAAACCCUGAAAAACUUUGGGCCAGUGUGCUACAAACCAUUCGACAAGCAUCCGAAGAUGCGAACCUAUCGAUCGAUCAGCUCACCUGUUUGGCCAUAUCGACGCAAAGAAAUAGCUUUACUUGUUGGAAUCGUAACACUGGACAAGUGUACCAUAAUUUUAUCACAUGGAAAGACUUACGGGCCGCUCAGCUUGUGAAAGAUUGGAACAAUAGUCUCACGUUGCGUCUACUAAAGUUUGGGGCAAGCUUUCUACAUUUUUUCACCCGCAGCAAACGAUUUCUAGCAGGAAGUGUCAUCAAGAUGAUGAAUCCACAGGUUACACUGCGGUUGUCCUGGGUUUUGCAAACAAAUCCUUCGCUUCAAGAGGAUUUGAAAAUCGGUAACGUGCUUUAUGGGACGAUUGAUUCAUGGUUGUUGUACCGUUUGCGCCAGGGGACUGAUCGUACAAGAUCGGUGGAGCAUAUAAGCGAUGUUACCAACUGCACCUCUACAGGAUUCUACGAUCCUUUCGGUCAAGAAUGGGCUAGUUGGGCACUGAAUCUAUUUUCUAUCAAGAAAGAAUUACUUCCAAAAGUGGUCGAUAAUUCGUACGAUUUUGGUCACGUACAUGAGACACUUCUGGGAAAGAAAAUCAAAAUAGCGGCGUCGGUGAGCGAUCAGUCAGCGUCGUUGUGGGGUAACUGUUGUUUUGAACGGGGCGACGUAAAGAUCACUAUGGGAACAGGCUCCUUUCUCAACGUUAACACUGGAACAAAGUGCUUUGCUUCGGUGCACGGGCUCUAUCCGCUGAUAGGCUACAAGCUGCAGAGUGGAACCGGUUUAGUUGCGGACAUAAACUACCUCAUGGAGGGCUCGUCGAAUGAUACCGGAUCCAUCAUCGAAUGGGCGCUUAAUAUGGGUUUAUUCCAGGAUCCAGCAGAAAGCGCCACUAUGGCGCUGUCUGUCCCAAACUCAGAUGGCGUUCUAUUCGUCCCUGCGUUCAGUGGACUUGGUCCACCUGUUCAGGACGAUAACGCCGGAAGUGGAUUCAUCGGUAUUAAGCCUUCCACGCGUAAAGAACACAUGGUUCGAGCGCUACUGGAAAGCCUCGCUUUCCGUGUGGCUCUGUUGUACGAUUGUGCUCUGAAGGAAACGGGUUUCUCUUUCAGCAGCAUCAAAGUUGAUGGAGGAGUUUCUAAGAACGAUUUCAUCUGCCAGACGCUGGCCAAUUUAACAGGCAUUGAGGUGGAAAGGGGUGAAGUGACGGAUUCAACAGCGAUGGGUGCAAUGUUCAUGGCUGGGUUGAAUUGUGGUAUCUGGAACACGAAGCGACAACUGAUCGACGUAAGAAAAGUAGAGAAAAAAUUCUUACCGGAUAUGAUUCAGAGAGCAAAGCAGCUAAAACAGAUGCGAGGUUGGGAGCGAGCAGUGGAUCGAUUUAAAAAAUGGUACAUGCUGGAGGACAUAAAAAAUCUAGACUGA